GGCACUGAUAGGCGGCACUGAUGGGCACUGAUAGGCAGUACUAAUGAGGUGGCACGGAUAGGCGGCACUGAUAGACAGCACUAAUGAGGUGUCACGGAUAGGCGGCACUAAUAUGCAGCACUGAUAGGCGGCACUGAUAGGUGACACUGAUGUGGCAGCACUGCGGGGCUGCACUGGUGGGUGGCACUGGUGGGCAGCACUGGUGGGUGGGCACAGGUGGGUGGGCGGCACUGCUGGGCACAUGUAGGUGGCACUUCUGGGCACAGGUGUGUGACACUGCAGAGUGGCACAGGUGGGUG